GAAUGCAUUGCUCCAAAACAACGUGAAUGACUUAGACGGAGGCGGAAGUAAUUGGGGAUUCCGAGAGUAAAACUUUUUGAAGUUUGGAUCUUGUGAAGUUGAACUUUAGGGGAGAAAAAUCAUGUUGCGGAAGUAAGAAGUAAACGUCUUGUUGUGCACUCGUACCAAAGUUUUUGUCCUUAAAAGUGGAAAGUUGAGAAAAUAUGCAAGAUAUGAGAUGAUCGUCAUGCUGUGGAGCUCAUCACUUUAACAGCAUUGUGACCAAGACAUGAAAACUGUUGGCAGUGCUGAUGAUGAAGCAGCAGCAGCGUCAGGAAGCGGAGGGUUUCACCUUCCAGACUGGGCGUACAAACCAGAGUCGAGCCCUGGUUCCCGUCAAAUCCAGCUUUGGCACUUCAUCUUGGAACUUUUACAAAAGGAGGAGUUUCGGCAUGUCAUUGCAUGGCAAGGUGACUUUGGAGAGUUUGUCAUCAAGGAUCCUGAUGAGGUUGCCCGCCUUUGGGGCAGCAGAAAAUGUAAACCUCAGAUGAACUACGACAAGCUCAGUAGAGCUCUCAGGUAUUAUUACAAUAAGAGAAUCCUCCACAAGACCAAAGGCAAACGUUUCACUUACAAAUUUAACUUCAAUAAACUGGUGAUGGUGAACUAUCCUUACCUAGAUGUUCAUGGAAAUGGUACGAUUCCUCGGAGUGCCCCACCUGUACCAUCUAAUUCUGUACAUUUUCGCUUUCCUCCACCAUCAACACCAGUUUCCGAUAAUGUGUCCCCUAAUGAGGAUAUGCCAAGAAACAACACUUUCUCUGGAGCUUCUCAGCGGGCUGCCCGAAACUCAGUCAGUGACUGCAGUGAUGGGACUUCAGCCAACUCUGAGGCUGAUGAUUUAUCCACUGAAGACCACCGUUCUGCAGAAAUGGCUGCAGCUGUGUCACGGAAUGUAGCCAUGGCUGCUGCUGUCAGCCACCAGAAACGAUUAAAAGAUGGGCUUUUCCAAGCCAUUACUCAUCCACAUUUGUAUCCAGAUGCCCAGAGUCCCUUUGCUGUUUCACCUCUUCCAAGCCAUGCUGGGAUUUUUAAUUUUUCACUCUCACCAGCACUACCAGUAACCCCCACAACCUUUUCUUCCAGUCCUUCUCCAGGUUUAGGCAGUCCUUUUUACCCUGGAAGUAAUAGGUUCACUUUUAACCCUGAAGAGAUGAAAAGGUAUUUGCAGGCCCACAACCACUCUGUUUACAGAUAUCACUUGAGUCCCCGAACAUUUCCUCCUUAUUACAGCAAUGUAAUAGGGGUCCCUUCACAUCUGCAGAAGUCCCAGGAAAAGGGCCCAGCUGAAGAACAGGUCCCUUUCCAAAUCAAACUACAGCCUCCACCCCUUGGUCGCAAGAACCGUGAGAAACAGCAGUACCAGGAUAAAGAUGAAACCGUCAUCAUUCCUCCACCAGCUUCUUCAGAGAAACCAUUCACUCCAGUAUUUCCAAACACAGCUUUGAAAUCAGAAGCAGGAUCUGAUCUAGAAUCGGGAGGAGAAGAGCAAAUGGUAGAAGUAACUGAUGUUAGUGAAGACGAGAGAGGGGAAGAAGAUGCGAAUCAAAAUGAAACUGUGUUUGCAAAGCCUCAUACACCACCAUGGAUGGAUCCACCACCUGUUAGUGGUCCAACUGUUGCAUUAACCAAAGAAGAACACUUGGAUGUUGGAAACAUUAGAGAGAACUCGCAGUCUGUCACAGCUGGUGAAAGGGGUAAUGCUUGCAUGCCUCUGAAGCUACGCUUUAAACGGCGUUGGAAUGAUGAGCAGCGUGUUGAAAGGCAAGAUGAUCUAGAUGAAGAACAGCAGUCCCUUGGACUUGCUCAGAACUGUAGCUUACACCCUGGUGUGCUUGUAAAGGAUGGCAUUCAGCUGUCCAUCUCAAGUGUGAAGCACAGCACUCAGGAUUCCCGUUUCUCUUCUACUGAAAGUGUACAAGAGGUACCUCAGAACUCUGUCAUAUGCUCUACUUCUGAUGUGGCAGCAGGAAGGGGGGCAUUGAGUUCUAGCCUUAGUGAGGACACCUUUGCCCCUCCCUUCAGAACUACAGUUCUCCAGCACAGUACUUUUAGGACUUAAAGCGGAAAAGGAGGCUGGAAAAUGUGAGAUGAUCACUGUUUUUAUUCAUGGUGACAAACUAUAGGGGGUGUUUUCUUUCUUUGUGGGAAAGGGUUUAUAAAUAGAAGGAUUCUUUUUACACAUUUGAUUGUCUUCAGCAUUGUGUUCAUUUGACAGAUACAGUCAUGGAGAAGUGUCAGAACUGUUCAAAGAGAAGGCUUUUAAAAAAUGCAGCCUCUACUAUUCAUUCAUACUGUUAACUUCUAGUUAUCACAGGUUUUUUGUGCCUUUGGUUAGGACAUCCAAGGUGCCUAUGAGCAUGCGGAUGCUAUUGUGGCACUAUUGUGUUUCUAACUUUGUAAAUGAUAAUCUGGCCUUUUCUUAUCUGUAUUUUGUGCUGAAGAGUACAUACUGUGGAAAUUGAUAUAAUCAGUACUGUAUCAUGGCAGUCGUGACAUUUAUGUUUGAACAUCACAGUUUAAUUUACAAAA